AUGAGGUUCGUCGACCUGCUUGUGGCUGCCGCCACGGUCUCCGCCGUCGCGGUGCCUUCCCAGACCAAGAAGCGCGCAAGUGCUUUCCAGUUCACCGGCGUAAGCGAGUCGGGAGCCGAGUUCGGUAACCAGGCCAUCCCCGGACGUCUCGGCAAGGAUUACACUUGGCCCGACCACAAUGCUAUCUCUACCUUGGUCCAGAAGGGUUUCAACACCUUCCGCAUUCCGAUCAUGAUGGAGCGAAUCGUCCCGGGGAAGUUGACUGGCUCUAUCAACGAGACCUAUGCCGCCGGCCUUGACGACAUCGUCAAAUUCAUCACCAGUCAGGGCGCCUACGCUAUCGUGGACCCGCACAACUUCGGGCGGUACUACAACAACAUCAUCACGGACGUAAGCGGGUUCGGCGCGUGGUGGACGACGGUGGCCAAGCGUUACGCCUCCAACGAGAAGGUCAUCUUUGACACGAACAACGAGUUCCACGACGAGGACAACGCCCUCGUCGGCCAGCUCAACCAGGCCGCCAUCGACGCCAUCCGCGGCGCCGGCGCCACGUCCCAGUACAUCUUCGUCGAGGGCAACUCGUGGUCGGGUGCUUGGCACUGGGUCUCCAGCGGCACCUCCGAGGCUAUGGGUAAAUUGAAGGAUCCCCAGGACAAGAUCAUUUACGAGAUGCACCAAUACCUCGACUCCGACGGCUCCGGCACAUCCGAAGCCUGCGUGUCGGCGACGAUCGGCAAGGAGCGCCUCGCGGACGCGACGGCCUGGCUCAAGGCGAACAAGAAGAAGGGCGUGAUCGGCGAGACUGCCGGCGGCUCCAACGCGCAGUGCAUCCAGGCCGUCCAGGGCAUGCUCGCCCACAUGAAGGAGAACUCGGAUGUCUGGACCGGCUGGCUCUGGUGGGGCGCGGGACCCUGGUGGGCUGACUACAUGUACUCCAUCGAGCCGCCCUCCGGAACCGCGUUCACGAAGGUCUUGCCGUCGUUGAAGGAUUAUAUCUAAAAAACGUGACCUGGCUAAUGUACCUCUUGUGGAGGAUAUAAGGGGGUGGUGGGUACACGUGAUUUUGAUAGUAGGCUAGGGGAUACGUGACGGCUACUCGCGCAGAAAAGAAUUGUAUAUAUAGCACGACGAGAGCAAGGGAGAGAAAAGGAAAAAUAGAGAUCGUACGUAUCCUUAUAUCGGCAUGAACUUGCUUCGUCACUUUAUGUACUAUGUAGAUAUUACCACCAGCGCCCCUUUACGUUACCACUUAACCUAUCGUAUUUCUAAAUCUGUGUAUUCCCUUCCCCUUCCGCUCUCCUGAGUUACAAAUAUCUUGUUCAUUCAUAACUUAUACAUACCUUAAGUAGGUAGGUAGGUAGAUACAGUACUUUAAGUAGGUACCUACUUAUCCAAGCAGUUUGCUCUGGCGCUCCA